UUCUCUAUAUAAAGAAAUGAUCACAUAUAGCAUCCACACCAGUAUCGCCACUGACAUAUUUUUCUUUUAUUUCAACUUCAAUCUCAAUGGAGGCGAUCUCAGAUUUAAGAAUUAAGGAACCAGGAUAUGGAUCUCGCAUAACAAUUCUUAGUAUAGAUGGAGGAGGAGUUAGAGGAAUCAUCCCUGCAGUUAUCUUAUCCUACCUUGAAGCUAAACUUCAGGAAAUAGACGGUCCGAAUGCAAGGCUUGCAGAUUACUUCGACGUAAUUGCGGGGACGAGUACUGGCGGUCUUAUUUCGGCCAUGUUAGCAGCACCGGACGAUCAAUACCCUCCGAGGCCUUUAUUUGAUGCCAAAAGUAUAAUAGAGUUUUAUGAGAAACACUGCCCUAACAUUUUCUCUCCGCAACACGGAGGACUUCUGGCCAUUUUGGCAGCUCUACAUGGACCAAAGUAUGAUGGAAAGACACUUCACGAGAUAAUAAAGCAUUAUUUGAAGGGGAAAAAGUUACAUGAAACUUUGACAAACCUGGUUAUUCCUACUUUCGAUAUCAAGAAACUCCAGCCCACCCUCUUUUCCUCUUAUCAGGUGAAGGAUAAUCAAAGCUUGGAUGCUAAACUUUCAGACAUUUGUAUUGCAACCUCUGCGGCCCCAAUUUACUUUCCUUCCUAUAAAUUUAAAAACGCUGGAAAAGAAUUCAAUCUCGUCGAUGGUGGUGUGGCUGCUAAUAAUCCGACUUUUGUUGCCAUCACUGAAGUAGUGAAACAAAUUAGCGAGGGAAAUCCAGCAUUGUCAAACUUUGAUGCCAAGGACUACGGUCCUUUUCUAGUGCUUUCACUUGGCACGGGUUCAAGCAGCAGCGAUGGAUACUAUGAUGCUGGGGAGGCUUCCAAGUGGGGGAUUUUGCAUUGGUUCUUAGACGGCGGUCAUGGUUCUCCUCUUACAGAAUGCUUCUCUCAAGCAAGUGUGGAUAUGAUUGACUAUCACAUCUCCGUGCUUUUUAAGCCCCAUGAUUAUUCUGGAGAUAACUAUCUCCGGAUUGACUACGAUAAACUGACGAAGGAAGAAGGUAGCAUGGAUUUGGCUACUCAAGAAAACUUGAAAAAUCUGAAGGACGUGGGCAACAAGUUGCUGACUCUACCUGUUUCACGCAAGAAUUUUGAUACUGGUAAACUUGAACCAACUGGAGAUCAGACCAACCAGCAAGCCCUGGACAGCUUUGCAAGAGCCCUUUCCAAUGAAAAGAAGCGCAGAAGCGACAGCUUGCUGAAGAAAUAAGGAGCCAAUAUCGAGCUUAUAAUAUAUAUAUAUAUAUAUUAAUAAUAAAUUCUCAUAUCUGAGAAACUUCUUUUAUUUUUCUAUUUUAAGGCAUGUAAUAAUAAUUCUCAUAUUUGAGAAACUUUCUUUUUUAUUUUAAUGUGUGUAAUAAUACUAAUAUAAACUUAUGCAUACUGGUAAUAAGUAUGUGAACAUUAAUAAUAACUACGUACGUAUUAUAUAUGUAAUUUCGAUAUCCAGCAUAUUGAAUAAUAAAAUAGAAGACAUAUUAUAUGUAUUAUUAUUAAGGACGUAUGUGU